UAGGUUGUUAUGCAGUCUAGCAAAAGCAAACGGCGAGGUAACAAGUGAUAAAUUUGGUUUGAACGAAGCGAGUAUUGAAUUGUGUUUAAGUAAUAAAUAUUAAAGUAUUCAAAGUUGAACGAAAGAAAGGGAAUAAAGUCAUACAAAGCUAAAUAAAUUUCCAAUGCAAAAUUAGAACAAAAAAAAAAAACACUUAGUAAUUGAGUUCAAGGGAAAUCAUGAGACAUGAGUAAACGAGAGAAUCAUAUGUAUAUAGUUAAGUUAAAUGAAAAAAUUAAAGAAAGUAAAGAAGAGCAAAAAGCGCAAUAGUUUGUUGAAAUAAAGGAAUAAAAAAGUGCACAAUCGAAAAAAAAAAUAGAAGCAGUCAACUGUAACUUCCAACUAACUUUGCCAACUAUAAACUGACGAUUUUUCCUCAAGCCGUUAUCAGUGCACUUACCUAUUUGUAGUAAAAGUGAAAGCUUUCUUUGAUGUUAGUAAGAAAUGAUUAAAGAGAUUCCACAAUAGAUGUAAAAUUAAAGUAAACACUUCGUGAAAAAUUAAGUGAAAUUUGCAAGUAGUCGCAAGUGUAUUUCUCUACAUGCAACAUAAUUUUGUUAUUUUUCAUUCAUGAAUUGUGUACUUUGUCGCUGUUUAUCAAUAUUUACGUAUCUUCAAAACGUUUUUGAACAAAAACUACGCGCUCAAAUCAUAAAACAAAAAUCUGGAAAACAUUUGGAAAACAACACGCAUAAAAACAAAAACUCAAAAAAGUAACAACGCAUCGACUAGAGUCGCAAUAAAUAUUGUAUAAAUAGCCAAGUGGCAAAUAAUUAACCAGGAAAGCAAAGGAAAAGCAAAGAAAUAGGAGUAAAGGAAGAACAAUAGAAAAGCGUAAAAAUGACUGUCAUACAGGAUAUCAAACCCACAGAAGCUUGCGGGGCGGCCAUAAAUUGCUGCUCUAGUGUUGCCAGCUCAGAAACAUCAAUCGAUAAGUCCACCGACUGUGUGAAGCCUAGUUCCACGAGCAACGUUCUGUACAAACCAAAUAACUAUGAAAAUUGGGAGGCAAAUUUCGAUCUCUGCAAACAAAUUGACAUCGAAUUCGAGAAUGUCAAAUAUACAGUGCGAAAAUUUAACUUUCAUGAAAGAAAAUUUGUUACAAAGGAGAUUCUACAUGGUAUUAAUGGUUCCUUUCGUGCUGGAGAACUAACCGCCAUAAUGGGCCCUUCAGGUUCCGGGAAGAGUACACUACUCAACGUAAUGACAGGCUUUAGAGCGACGGGUGUCUCCGGAAGCAUACGAGUCAAUGGUGAAGCUAUUUCAACAAAUUCAUCCAGUUUUCGCGAGCUUUCCUGUUACAUACAUCAAGAUGAUCUGCUGCGGCCACAGAUGACUGUUGGUGAAACGAUGAUGCUGGCCGCACAUUUAAAGCUAGGCUUCGGCGUCUCCAAGGAAUACAAGCAGAAUUUGAUCAAACACAUUUUGGCCUUGCUGGGUCUGGAGCAUCGAUACAAUGUAUUCACGGCGAAGUUGUCUGGCGGCCAGAAGAAACGUCUGGCCAUAGCGCUUGAGUUGAUAAGUAACCCACCGGUUCUGUUUUUGGACGAGCCAACAACAGGUUUGGACAGCUCGUCGUGUAGCCAAUGUGUGUCGCUGCUCAAAAAGUUGGUCUCUUUGGGGCACACCGUCGUUUGUACCAUUCAUCAGCCAAGCGCAUUGAUAUUCGAAAUGUUUGACAAACUUUAUACUGUAGUAGACGGCAAUUGCAUCUACCAAGGCCCAGUUCGGGAGCUGAUACCAUUCUUGGAAGGACAGGAUUUGGUGUGUCCGAGUUAUCACAAUCCCGCGGACUUUCUGCUGGAAAUUGCAGUAGGCGAGCACGAUCGUGAUUUGGUUAAAUUAAUAAACGCGGCAAAUAAGAAGUAUCACGAAGAUGCAGACAGUCAACAAAUAAAUGUGCAGCGCCUGCUAUCCCAAAUCAAAGAUAACGAAGCUUGCAGUAAAAUCGUCAGCAGUUUGAAGCGUUUCCCCACCGCCAUGUCGAAACUCACAGCCUUCGACUACGUAAAACCCGCCGCAGAUGACGUCGCUUUGGAGGAAAUAAAAACGCUCAAUGCCAGUGCCGUCAGAAACGCGAGGAUUGACGAUAGUGAUGACGACGCUGGCCUAGCAGCGCAUGCGCAAAAUAAUGGCCGUAGAUACGCGGCCUAUAAGGCCUUGCGCACACAGCAGGCCUCGUUCAUAAUGCAAUAUUUUCUGCUUCUCAACCGAAUUUUCGUGUGCGCGCGACGAAAUUAUUUUCUGCUCUUGGCUCGUCUGAUGUCACACAUUGUAAUCGGUUUGCUAUUUGGCUACUUGUAUAUGAAUGUCGGCGAUAAAGCGACCACUGUGCUUGGCAACUACGUCUAUUUGUACGGUACGAUUUUGUUGCUGGUCUACACGGGAAAAAUGGCGGUGGUGUUAACAUUUCCUCUGGAAAUCGGGAUGUUGACGCGUGAACAUUUUAAUCGGUGGUACGGCCUAACUCCCUACUUUCUUUCGAUGCUUUCUUUCGAGAUACCAUUCCAGAGUAUUUGUGCAGUACUUUACAUGGCCAUAAGUGUUUAUCUCACCGGGAACAAUUCAGACGAGGGCUUUCGCAUAUACUACUUCAUUGUGCUGGCGGUUUUAGCUACGUUAAGCGCCCAAGCCUGGGGCUUCUUCGUGGGAGCAACACUACCAACCAAGUUGGCCGUAUUUUUGGGUCCCAUUCUGGCAGUUCUCUUCUCGGUAUUUGGCUUCUGCACUCGCUACAUCGACAUUACGCCGAUCUUCCGUUGGAUGUGGCACAUCAGCUAUUUCCGAGCCGGUUUUCAUGGAGCGCUCAAUGCCAUUUACGGCUUAGAACGGCCGUUCCUGGCAUGUCCCGAAACUGCAAUGUACUGUCAUUUCCGUAGUCCGAAAGUAUUCCUCAACUACAUGAUGAUUUCGGACGUCAAUAUGGCGGACUGCGUUACACUGAUGGUUGUCGUGAUUGUUGUUAUGCAUGUGCUGACACUUAUUACGCUGUGGCACAAGCUGAAUAAGCGCUAAUUAACCAUAUACAAACAAAAGUACACAAAUACACAAAUAAAGGGUCCGCCAUAUAACUUUACGGAAUUAAAAAUGCUAUAAAAAAGAAACUACUAAAUAUUUUUCCAAACUGUUUUUUUUAUUUUGAAGUACAAUCCUUCCGGUUAAUGAUGGAACACAACUUCAUUCAUAUGGCUGCCUCGGCUAGCCAUGCACCAUCCCAUACGAUCGGUCCAAUUUUUAAACACAUUUUCGAUUGUAUGCGGCUGUAUUUCAGCUAUGACAUCGCGUCUGUCUUCGAAGAUCGCAUUAUCAGCCGAAAUUCUGAUAUAGUUUGGCCGCUUCGGAGCUGCGAUUAGACGCCGUUGGAUUAUUAUCUUUGGGGUGCCGUCAAAGACCAGUGUUAUGCCAACAAACCAGCAACAAUUGAUGCACUGAAGACCAACAUACGCGAUGUCAUAGCUAAAAUACAGCUGCAUACAAUCGAAAAUGUGUUUAAAAAUUGGACCGAUCGUAUGGGAUCGUGCAUGGCUAGCCGAGGCAGCCAUAUGAAUGAAGUUGUAUUCCAUCAUUAACCGGAAAGAUUGUAUUUCAAAAUAAAAAAAAACAGUUUGGAAAAAUAUUGAGUAGUUUCUUUUUUAUAGCAUUUUUAAUUCCGUAAAGUUAUAUGGCGGACCCUUUACAUACAAGGCUUAAGUAUACGAACCAAAUAUAAAUGAAGUAACAUUUUGUAAAUAUAUGCGGUAAGAGGGAUUAUGGUUUUUUAUUAGUUGAACUAAUGAUCUUCAAAUGAUUUUAAUCGCAAUCGUUUGUCAUCGCUUCAUCGUAGGAAAAUAUGAAACACCGAAAGAAACAGAAAUUUUAUACACUUGCAUGUUUGUACGUAAAAGCGGUAGCUUAGUUGUUUGCGAAUAAACGGUUAUUUAUAAAUUAAUGAUACUUACGAUAUAAUAUUAAGAAUAGAAAAUAGUAUUAAACACAUAAAAAUGUACCAAAUUUGUUGUUAGAAAAAAUGUAGCUUAUGUUUUUUUAUUGCUAUCAGAAUAUCUCACAAAAUGUAGUUUAGUUUAGUACUUUGCACUUGCCAACUUUACUCAAAGAAAAUUUUACCAAAAAUCUCGAAUAAGAAUUGUUAUAUUUUAAUUGGGAAGGUGAAACAUUGAUUUUAUAUUAUACAAAAUGUGUGACAAAAGAAAAUAAUUUAAACAUUAAAAUUUAAGUUGUGACCAUCAUACGAAUUCUCAAAUGUAAUUUGACACUCCUACUGUACAAAUAAAAUCAGAAAAUGUGAUCAAUAUUUAAAAAUGUA